GCAUCAGAGAGUGAAAAAAAUGAUCAAAAACGUCCGCAAUUUGGUAACCGAACACUAAAAGAAGAUGACAAUGUAUUUCAACAUAAUGCGUGGUAUGAUUCCAUAUAAUCUGACUAAUUAUCUCGUAAAUUAUAAAAGUUUAUUAAGCGCACGUUGUUUUAAAUCCUGGUUACGUUUUUGUCACACGCUUCACAGAAAAAAACCACCAGGAGGUUUACGUUAUUUAAUUGAUCAAUCGAGAGUUUUUGAAUUUAAUGCCUGGGACAACGUUGAGUGGGAUGACGAUCAACAAAAAUUGGCCCAAGAAAAAGUAUCAGAAAAUUCAGUAGUCACUGCGUCAGAAGAGGAGCUCGAGUUGUAUGAAAAAAAGGCGAGUAACAAUUGGAAUAAAUUUUAUGGGAUUCAUCAGAACAGAUUUUUCAAAGACAGACAUUGGCUGUUUACUGAAUUUCCUGAGUUAGCUCCGUACAAAGUCAAAGACGACUUGAACGUACCUGAGAAAGUUUCAUCAGACACUAAGGAAGAUAACAAUAAGAAUAAAGAAUUUGAAGAAAAUUCAAUUACUGAUCAACGAAUAUUAGAAAUUGGCUGUGGAGUUGGGAAUACAAUUUUUCCUAUUCUUGCUUAUAAUUCAAAUCCAAAUUUAUUUUUGUAUGGCUGUGACUUUUCUUCUGUCGCUGUUGACAUUCUGAAGUCACACAAAGAUUAUGAUGAGUCACGGUGCAAAGCAUUUGUAUUAGAUAUUACUCAAGAUGACUGGGAAACGCCUUUUGAACCCAAUAGUUUAGACAUUGUCAUGUUGAUAUUCGUCUUAUCAGCAAUAAAACCGGAUAAACAAAUUCAUGUGAUCAAACAAAUCCAUCGUUAUUUGAAACCAGGGGGACUGGUUCUCUUGCGGGACUAUGGCAGAUAUGAUUUGGCUCAGCUAAGAUUUAAAAAAGGGCGAUGUCUUGGCGAUAAUUUUUAUGCGAGAGGUGAUGGUACUCGGGUUUAUUUUUUUACUCAAAAUAAUUUAAAAGAUUUGUUUGAAGGCUGUGGUUUUAAAGAGGAACAAAAUAUCGUUGAUAGAAGAUUGCAAAUUAAUCGCGGUAAGCAACUGAAAAUGUACCGAGUUUGGAUUCAAGGAAAGUAUCGUAAAAUUGUAUAGAAAAUUUAAAUUGUAAAAAAAUCAAUUAUUUUAAACUUGUGUUCAAAAAUUUUGAAUGGUAAAUUGAAAUGUUUUUUUUUUAUUAGCGGUAAUGAAAUAUUAUAAAAUUGACUAUUGUAAUUUUAUCAAUUGGAUUAGUAAUUAGAUUGUUUUGAUGAGAUACUGAUUUUAAUUUUAUCUUGGUAUUGAAAUUAUUUUACACUGUAAAAAAUCAGGAGAGAAUUCGGAGUAAUUACAGAUUUUAUUUUAAUUCGAAUUAACUCCGAGACUCGAAGUUCUGGAGUUUUAGAAAAAAAUCACUUCGAAUACGGAGUUUGUUUUUCCAACGAACAGAUUUCAGGGUUAAUUUUACUGGGAACCAGAGUUUUGAUAUUAAAAUAAACUCUUCUUCGGAAUAAAUUUUACUCCGGAGGAUUAAAAAACUAAACAUCCAUCCGCUCCGCAUUCACUCCGUAAUUAAUACCUGUCACUCUGCAAAUUUUUUACAAUGUACAAAUACUUAAAUGUAUUUUAAUCUUUUUUUUUAAUAACAAUUUAAAUUUGUAUUUUAAAUUUUGUUAUAAAAUAAAAAUAUUAAUGAUAAAUA